UGGAUGAAAUUCCGUUUCCGCUUUAGGGAGUGAAAAUUGAUUUGAGCAGAACUUGACUUGAAAAUCUAUUUAUUUCAGAGACCCACUCAACUUUCACAAUAUUGAUUGUACUUUUGGAUAAAUUGUAUCAUGGCUACUUCGCCGCAAAAGUCGCCAUCCUCUCCGUCGCCGACGACUCCGAAAUCACCCUCUUCCAGAAAGAAAGAUGACUCGUUCCUGGGAAAACUUGGAGGAACUUUAGUAAGAAGAAAGAAGGCAAAAGAAGUGUCUGAGCUCCAGGAAGAGGGGAUGAACGCCAUCAACCUGCCCUUGAGCCCCACCCAAUACGAACUGGACCCAGAAGACACCAUGCUAGAGGAGAAUGAGGUCCGCACCAUGGUCGACCCCAACUCCAAGAACGACCAGAAACUACAGGAACUCCAGAAGGUGUUGAUCGACUGGAUCAAUGAUGUGUUGGUGGGGGAGAGGAUCAUCGUGAAGGACCUGGCUGAGGAUCUAUACGACGGGCAGGUUCUGCAGAAACUCUUUGAGAAGCUGGAGGGGGAGAAGCUAAACGUAGCUGAGGUGACCCAGUCGGAGAUCGCCCAGAAACAGAAACUACAGACGGUGCUGGAGAGGAUCAACGACUCCAUCAAGGUCUCUGCCAGGAGCAUCAAAUGGAACGUGGACUCCGUCCAUGCUAAGAGUAUAGUGGCCAUUCUUCACCUGUUGGUGGCGCUAUCUCAGCACUUCAGAGCACCUAUCAGACUUCCUGAUCACGUGUCCAUCCAAGUAGUGGUGGUUCAGAAAAGAGAGGGGAUUCUGCAAUCUCGCCAGAUCCAGGAGGAGAUCACGGGCAAUACAGAGGCUUUAUCUGGCAGACAUGAGCGAGAUGCUUUCGACACCCUGUUUGAUCACGCUCCGGACAAGCUCAAUGUGGUAAAAAAGACUCUCAUCACCUUUGUGAACAAACACUUGAACAAACUCAAUCUGGAGGUGGCUGAACUGGACACACAGUUUGCUGACGGUGUGUACCUUGUUCUGCUGAUGGGAUUGCUGGAGGGCUACUUUGUUCCACUCUAUAAUUUCUUCCUGACUCCUGAGAACUUUGAACAACAGGUGCACAACGUGUCCUUCUCUUUUGAGCUGAUGCAAGACGGAGGUUUGGAGAGACCCAAACCUAGACCUGAAGAUAUCGUGAACUGUGACCUCAAGUCAACCCUGAGGGUGCUGUACAACCUCUUCACCAGGUACAGAAACGUGGAGUGAAUAUGCUGUGUUGGGGGUGACUCAUUUUAUGGGGUAUCACAUUCAAGUUUUAAGCGUUUUUCCCCAAUUACAUGCUUCAAGGGAAGUAGUCCCUUGCAAAGAACACUACGAACCAAUUCAGGACAUUCAGCGUUGGUAUUAUCAAUAUUUUUUUUAUAGAUUCCAUUCCAAAUAUUUUAUGUGCUAUAAUAAUAACUUCUACUAUUGUAUGUGCUGUUUGCCAUUUUAAAAUACACUACAUACUGUAUGCAUUUUUGUUAAAUGAAUGCAUAUUAGCCUAAGUAAAAACAGUCAUUGUUUUUUUAAUUAUAUUUUUAAUAGAUGAAAAUUCCAUAUUUUUUUCGUAAUGUCAUAUUUCAAAAGGUUGAUAUUGUGAUGAAAUUUCUUCAUGUUUCCAUCGCUAAAGCCUGUUUAAUUUAUUUACUAAACAAAUGUUUGUUAACCUACAUGUAUUGUGCUUUUGUGUGCACCUGACCGUCUCAAUUACUUAGCUGUUUUCUACUUUCACUAGUGGAUAAGUUCCUUUUUUAAAAUAAAAAGACUGUACUGCAUGCCAUUUAUUAGGAAGACACCACUUAAAGUGCUGACUGUGAUUGAAUAUGCUCUCUUACUUUAUUCUCAAAACUGCUUUGCAUGUCUCAUAUAUGUUAAAUGUUUUAGUAACCACAUUCCUAAAAUGUUGUAAUGUUAAAACAACCUUGUAAAGAAACGGAAGGUCUCCCUCACGCUAACACUUUGUUUGGAUAGUCCAUCUGUAGAUGUUCUACAGCAGUGGUCACCAACCCUUUUGGAGUCCAUUAGUUUCUGAGUCAAAAUGCAAGCCGAGCUCUACUGUGGAAAAUGUAUAAAAAAAAUAAUAACUUGAACGUAAACCUAUGCAACAUCACCCUAUUAAAAACAGCACUGUAUUAAUGAGGAGGUAAUUAAUGAGGUACAGAACAUUAUCACUGCAUAUUGGCUUUGCUUGAAUUGCCGUGCCAAUGCAUUGUUAUUCUUCAGACCAUUAAAAAAAUAUAUAUAUAUUUGAUGUAGGCUAUAGGAUCACACCAAUAAUAGAUGAGUUGUUGUAUUACUUGUGAAGCAUGGCUGAGUGAGCGUACAUUUUAAAUAAUUAACUUUUUCUGUUUUACUGGUCUCACGGUGCCUGCAUCUGAUGGUCAGUCUCAGCGGAGGGAAAAAGCAGCAGACUGAGGGUCCGUCACUCAACAUCUGUCUGCUCUCUCUUUCCUCCGCUGACACUGACCAAGAAGGGCCACCGUCUUCCAGCUGAUGGCGAAAACUCGAGUCGCGCCGCAUUAUUUCUGUGUCGUGCACAAAUUCAUGUUGUUACUCCUAUGAACAGAGAAAGUGAGAUAUUCCUCUAUUAAAAAAGACAGAAGCCGCUAAUAAUAAAGCAAGCCAAUCGAUACACUUUCCUACUCAUUCUUUGCUGUAUUUGUUGAGUCUCUCUCUGGUCAUGGUUUUUAAACGUUUAAAAAUCUUACAGCCUCAACUUUGCUGUAGCGUUCUUUUACGCCUGCUACUUUUACUGCAGAUAUGUUAAUCUGAGCCAUUCGAUUGGCCAGUGGUCGACCUACACUUCACUUGAUUUGCUCCCACCGGGAAGGCAUAGUUUGUACCUUCAGACAUAUGAAAUGGGAACACAUCGCCUACCCGGCAUACAGGGCAGCUGAAUCGAGUGCGUCUACCACUGACAGCGCAAGAUUAAUUAAUAAAAUAGGAACGCAAGGCUUACCACUGUUUUUUUGUUUACAGAAACGUUUGGCGAUUUAGACUAGGAAUGCCUUGGAGAUCACUGCUCUAUAGACAAUCAGUAACAUUUCCACUACAGUGCGAUCGUAAAGUAUUCAGACCCUUUGACUUUUUCCACAUUUUGUUACAUUACAGCCUUAUUCUAAAAAUGGAUUAAAUAGUCCCCCCCUCAUCAAUCUAUACACAAUACCCUAUAAUGACAAAGCGAAAACAGGUUAUUCAGAACCGCUUUGUCAUUAUGGAGUAUUGUGUGUAAAUUGAGGGAACAAAUGAUCUAUUUUAGAAAAGGCUAACGUAACAAAACGCGAAAAAAGGGGAGGUGGUCUGAAUCCUUCCUGAAUGCACUGUACCUCCUAAUCAUAACCUUAACCCUGACCCUUAUUCUUUACCCUAACCGUAACCUUAUAAACAUAUAGUCUGUAGAGCAUCUACAGAUGGAUAAUCCGGACUAUCCAAAUAAAGUGUGACCUCGCUCACUAAUGCAGAGGUCUUAAAGAUUUGUCAAAUGUGUGAGAAUUGGGGGUUUUGCGAACACUUUUUCAAAUGAUAUACACUACAAGCUUUUGUAUUUUGAGUUAAUUCAUCCAUAGUUUCUAUUGCUCAUCUGUUAAUUCUGAAAUAAAACAUUGUCUGGA